AUGGCUGAGCCAGACGAUCGCUACACCGAGCAACCUGGGCCAACGGAUUCUAGAUUCAACAACGACGAUGAUGCUGGAGAUGUCGAGAUGGCCGAGGGAGAGGAAGACGACGCCAGUCCACACAGUCCAGCAUCAAGCUCAGUCUACAGCAACGACGACCCUCUUCUCCACCCUUUUCUUAGCUCCCUCUACAGCCCUCUCUACACACAAAGCGAAAGCGGUAUACCAGACAACAACCAUGAUCACAAAAAAUCCUUCGAUUUCCUAGAUGAAGUCCUCCUUGAUCUUGACGCUUGGCUUGAUGCUGGGGGGUUGGAGAUGGGUGGUCUGCACGAUGACAUGGGCGAGGAGGAGUAUAGAGA